CACCCCUUAGCUCCCUACCAUUGCAGCAUUGAAGAAGAGCUCUUCUGUUUGGUUACAUUAAGGCACAGUUGAGGUUUGCCCAGAAGAGUGGAAGGAUGAAGGUGUUUGUGGCCAUCUGCUGCCUGCUCGCUCUGAGCUCGGCGGUUCCAGCAUUGUCCGCAAGCUUCGAAGAUGGCAAGAACUACUACGCUCCUCCUGACCCGAACGCCGGAACUCCACCUCCCGCCCCAGUUUAUAAUGGAAGCCCUCCCCAUGGUGGAGGCUCGCCACCCCACCACCACCGAACCCCGUCCCCGCCUGCAAACUGUGGGAAUCCGCCACCCUACCAUGUCCCGACUCCAUCGAGGCCCUCUACACCUCCUUCUGGUGGGGGCGGAGGCUCAUACACCCCACCAUAUUCUGGCGGAACUCCCCCAACACCUAUCUCUGUGACUCCGCCAACACCUAUCUCCGUGACUCCGCCAACACCUAUCUUUGGGACCCCACCUACCACCCCCAUCGGUCCUGGCACUCCCAGCACUCCCACAAUCCCCUCACCUCCCUUCGUUUUCGACCCGAACAAUCCUUUCCCUGGUACAUGCAACUUCUGGAGGACCCACCCCACGCUGAUCUGGGGCCUGGUGGGCUGGUUCGGAACAGUGGGCAACGCCUUUGGGGUCCCAAGCCUUCCCAGCUUCCCUUCUAACAACAACCUUCUCCAAGCACUCUCGAACACUCGAACUGAUGGAUUCGGGGCUCUUUACCGUGAAGGAACCGCUGCCUUGCUCAACUCCAUGGCAAGCACCAGGUUCCCCUUCACCACGACUCAAGUCAGGAACAACUUCAUCUCCGCUCUGGGCUCGAACAAGGCUGCACAGUCCCAGGCUCGGGUCUUCAGGCUAGCUAACGAGGGUCAUUACAAGCCCAGGGCCUGAAGACGUUAAGAAGUGAUGGCGAUCUGCCUGUCUUGUUAGCAAAAGGGAUUUUAAUUUUUAUCAUAUGUGCGUGUCAUUUCAUUUGUGUGUGUUUUUUAAUCUGUCAUUGCUAUGGUACUUGGAGGACAUUAAGAUGGAUACUUGUGGUGGAGAUUUGAAUGCUUAAUUGGCGAAUGCUUAAUCUCACUUUCUUUCAAGUUU